AUACGCAACGUAGAUAAAGGAGAGAGAAGCAGUGUGCUCAUUUCAUCGUGAAAUAUUGAGAUUUAUCCAGAACAUUUCGAUCGGUCUAUGAUCGAUUUCAAGAGUUUUGAUCGCGGCUGCAUGAAGUUUGGUGCACUGAAGAAAAGUCGAAAGUUGUGGAGGAUCAAGGGGGUCGAACCUCCCAAAAUUGAGGUCUGCGAAGGGAAAGCGGCAACGAUAAGCGUGAAAGAGGAAAUAGCAGAGCUGCUUUUCGAAAAUUGUAGCGAUUGUAUAAGAAUGGCAGCUAUUCCGCAGGGUGUAUUUGCAGCGUGCAAAGUCCGCAAUAAUCAUGAACGCAACGUUAUGAUAAGACCGAUGGAGGAGAGGGAAAAGGGGGGCAAAGAAAACAUAUUUAACAUGAGACCCCCACUGGAAGGUUGGGAGCUGACUCCGUUGAAAUACAAUAGCAAACUGAUGAACAGCAUCUGGGGACUUUACAAUCGUUAUUCGGUGCAUAAUUUCAAGAAAAACACCGAUGCCGAUGAAGGGGUAUUUGGAAGGUUCGUGGCGGUUUCGAGGGCGAUUUUUCAUUGCCACGAACCCGCCGCGAACACUGUGACUGCAGCCACUGCAGUCGUGAAAAAUAAUUCGUAAACUAU